CCCUCCGCGCUUUGCCUCUACUCGGUUUGCUUCUCGCGCGACCAAAUCACGCCUUCUGUUCAUUCUUUGUCCUUCUUGUCCCCAACGCCCGCCGACCAGCAUCCGCCCUUUUCGCUGGUUAGCAAGCAGCGCGCGAUUCAACAGACGCUUCCGAUUAUUCAUCAUCCGGCGUCCGCUGCGUUUGCUCGGCUUUGGCUUCUCACCUUUCCGCCUCCCCCCGCGACCGAAGAAUCGAAUCGCUUCCGCGUGCCGUCGACAAUUCAUCACAUGCGACCCGACACAUCGCUGGGAUACUACAAUUCGAACGACGCUAGUCGCAGAACUUGGUACCGACUGCAAUUUGCUGAUCCCAGCAUCUCCCUAGACCACAACCAGUUCCGCCGUUGCGACAGCGCCUCAUCCUGUUGCGACACACUUCCCCAAUCCGCCCAUCAUGUUUUUCCUCUACAACAUGGAGCGUAGAGUCACUCUGCAUCCGUCUUACUUUGGUAGAAAUAUGCACGAGCUCGUUACCAGCAAGCUUCUGAAGGAUGUCGAAGGUACUUGCGCUGGUAGCUACUACAUCAUUUCCAUCAUGGAUACCUUCGAUAUCUCCGAAGGCCGCAUCCUUCCCGGCAAUGGUCUUGCUGAAUUCACUGUCGGAUACCGCGCUGUAGUUUGGCGCCCAUUCAAGGGAGAGACAGUCGACGCCGUUGUCUAUUCCAUCAACCCCCAGGGCUUCUUUGCUCAAGCAGGUCCCCUGAAACUCUUCGUAUCUGCUCAUUUGAUUCCGAGUGAUAUCAAGUGGGAUCCCAAUGCCACACCACCUCAGUUCACCAACAACGAAGAUACUACAAUCGAGCCCCAAACCCACGUCCGAGUCAAGAUUAUUGGUACCAGAACAGAAGUGGGCGAGAUGUGGGCUAUUGGAAGUAUCAAGGAGGAUUACCUUGGAUGCUUGCAAGAUUGAAUAAUUCCAAGGAAUAUUGGAAUAAUUGAUUUGCAGACCCGAGCUAUCCUUUCAACGCACUUCCUUGGCUAUUGUAUCGUCGAUACAACUUGCGGUUUGCCUUCAUAGGCACGACGAUAGUGAGGGACGGUGACAGAUGCGGUGUGCACCCUUAUGAAUUUUUUUUAAAAAAGCGAUAACAAGAAACAUUCCUUGGAAAGGAAACUGAAAGAUAAAAGUAGGUCUGUCUAGAAAAUGGCAUAUAGAGAGAGUCUUAUGCCCUGUAUUAUGAACACUGGAGACACAAUUUAGGAAAAAUAUCCCAGCAGGUGCAAGGCCUCUGCUGGUUCCGCAGAGAAUAAAAAAAUAAAGCAAAAUUCUUUAAUUCGGU